AUGAGACCAGCUCAAGUUUUGAUGAAUUCUGCCAAUAAGGCCAAGAAAGGUGGUAUUAACAUUCCAGUCGAGUUAACCCCAUUAUUCGCUGCCAUGGGUAUUGCUAUUGCCUCUGCUUGUUAUUUUACUUACAAGAAAUUUAGAUAUGAUGACACAUUAAGGGUUUCCCAUAACCCAGAAUUAUCUGUUGCCAAGGAAGUUAUUGACAAGAAAUGA